GGAGGCGCAGGUCAGACAAACACUCAGCUCAUCCUGAGCUCUCCCGAACGGAAGGAUGUUUACCAUGAAGCCAUCAAAAGGAAACGGGGAAUAAACCCAUCAGCUGGAAUAUAUUUUGUUUCCAUUAUUGAUUUGUUUUCUUUUUAUUUGUUUCGGGUUAUUUAUUUAUUUUUUAUUUUUUCUAAUUUGUAUUUUUGAUGUCGAGGACUAGAGAGCGUUCCAAACAAACAAAGUUUUUACCUCACUUUAUCUCUCCUCCACUUUUCGUUCCCUCCCUUUAUAUAUUAAAAGCACCCCGCGUAAAGGACUGAUGGACAUGUGGUGGAAAGUGGGGCUCGUGCUGGUGAUGUGCUCGGGUCUCACGAGCAGCGAAGCCCGAGAGGAGCACCGGGAUUCGUCUCCGCGCAGCAUGAUGCUCAGAUUGCCGGUCGAAACGUUGGACUUUGGCUUCGUGCCAUCUGUGGUGUACGAAACGCACGCAUAUUACGAACCGGGUCCCAUCGGCGUUCUUUUCCACAUGGUCCACGCGUUUCUGUACGUGGUUCAACCCAACCCUUUCCCCAAAGAUCUCAUUAUUAAAAUGGUCCAGCAGAACAUGGGAGGAAUCAAAGGGAAUGAUUACAAAAAGCCAGAGAAUGUUGUGUUAUUACUACAGGCUAUCUACUAUGAGCUCGGCUUUAUAGUCCUGACAGUACUGGGGGUGAUAAUUGUGCUGCUCAUGCCAAUAGUGGGCCUGUGUUUCUGUGUGUGCCGCUGCUGUGAGAACUGUGGGGGUGAGAUGCAUCAGAGACAGAAGAAGAACGGCGACUGCCUACGAGGCUUUUACAUGGCCACACUCAUCGCUACUUCUGUCUUCCUCGCAGUGGGAGUGACAGUUGCCUACGCAGCAAAUCAGAACAUCACAAAUCAGAUCAAGAGCACCAGACGCUUCGUCAGCACUAACAUAAGAGACCUGAAAUCUUUUGCCAACUACACACCAGCGCAAAUAGACUAUCUCUCUGCACAGUACACAACAGCCAAGAACAAAGUAUUAUCAGACUUAGACAAUAUUGGGACUUUGCUGGGAGGACAGAUUCAUAAUCAGCUGGAGAGAGAAGUGAUGCCUGCUUUAGACAAUGCUCUUCGCAUGACAGCAGCCAUGCGGGAGACCAAAGAGGCGUUAGAGAGUGUGACCACAUCACUGGAGACCCUGCAGGAAGGGACAGGAAGACUCCAGAACUCUCUUCAGUCUGAACGUGCGUCUCUCUCAAACACACUCAACGACCCGGCCUGCUCUAAUGGAGAUGUAACACACUCCUGCAACACCAUCCGCGGAACACUCAGCCAGCUCGCUCUCAGCGCCAACUUUCAUGGGUUGCCUGAUGUUGAGGCACCUUUGGCCAAUCUGGAUGCUGUGCUUAAAACAGACCUCAGCAAUAUUGUACAGAAGGGCUACUCUUCCUUUAAUGACACACCAAGGUUGGUCAGCGAACAGACAAAAGAAAUUGUGUCAGAAAUGAAAGGGCUGCUGGAUAGGUCUGGCGGAGAGAUAAUUGGUUUCACAAGGAUGUUCCCGAUAGAACCAGCACUUGAGAACUUCACAAAGUUCUUGACAGAGAGCCAGAAGAACAUUGAAGCGUACUAUCCACAGAUCGACCAGCUGGACUUCUACAGAUGGAUAGGGUGUGUGGUGAUUUGCUGUAUGGUUGUGUUGGUUCUGGCCUUUAAUUUCCUGGGUCUGCUGUGUGGAUCAUGUGGCUAUGAUAAAAAUGCCACACCCACAACACGUGGCUGUCUGUCCAACACCGGAGGAAACCUACUGAUGGCUUCUGUUGGCUUCAGCUUCAUCUUCUCCUGGGUGCUCAUGGGAGUUGUCGUCACCACAUUUGUUGUUGGGGGAAACAUAGAGAAGCUUGUGUGUGAGCCGCUGGCUAACAGACAGAUUUUUAAGAUCAUCGACACACCAUAUAUGGUCCAUCCGGCCAAAAAGAACUUCCUUCCUGGUAUGCUGUUUCAAGAUCCAAACAUUGACCUUACUAUUGGCAGUAUGUACAGGGAUUGUUAUGAGAAUAAUGGUUUAUAUUCUGCACUACAACUGGAGACCAAGUUCAACUUCAACAAGUUUCUCAAUGCCACAGUGUAUAACCCGGAACUGACCAAGAUAUUUAACAGUGUGAAUGUGGAUCUCCGGGGGAUGUUUCUUCUGGAACAGGAGGGCAAAGAUAACCUCAUUGACUUUGCCAACACAGGCAUUGGAGAUAUCGACUAUCAGGCUUAUCUGACUGAGGUGAAUAAAGGAGUGACAGUUGUGGAUCUUUUGUCCUACGCAAAUGAACUCGAAACUCAAGCUGACCAAGUGCCACGAGGGGCUCUUGAGAAUGCACUUAAGGGUCAUGCCAGCAGUAUUAGACAGAUCCACAAAGAACAAGUGGUGCCAAUGGAACAGGCUAUGGGCACUUUAAGUCAAAGCAUUAAACUGCUUCAGAAAACAUCCAGAGAACUACCUGUUAAAGUCACAAAUGUCUUGAAUGCAAUCGAGGCAGUAGAGUACCUCAUCGCUAACAAUGCCUCACAUGUGGUCAAACAGGAGACUGAUAAAUUCAUUAAGAACAUUGUGGGAUAUUUUUCACAAUAUACGGAGUGGGUCAAGCACUCUCUGGAAAUGGAGGUCGCCCAGUGUAAGCCCAUCAGCAAUAUCAUAGACUCCAUAGAGAUCGUAGCCUGCAGCUUCAUCGUUGACUCAGUGAACACAUUCUGGUUUGGUCUGGGAGGAUGCUGUUUGUUACUCAUUCCCAGCAUCAUCAUGUCGGUAAAACUCGCCAAAUUCUACCGCAGGAUGGACACUGAAGACGUCUAUGAUGAUGGUACUGAGAACUGGAACUAAAGAGAGUUUAGCAGUCAGGGAUUGUCAUUCUUAAAUAAGAUUCUGAGGACGACAACCGAAGAUGGAAAAAAGGGAAUAUAAUCAGUAUAAAUUUAAUUAAUAACAGUUUAUUCCAGUUUCUAACAACAAUACAUACUCAGACCUUAAGUGAAGAAUUCAAGCAUAUUCUACAUACAGUUCAUCAUACAUGGUAAACAACAAUGUGUUCUUUUUAUACACUUUCAACAAGUUUUUGAAAGUUUUGUAUGCAUUUUGUUAAUAUCUGUUUUAUAAAAUGUACUUUAGACAAUUGUGGGUACAUCUAGAUUUUGUAUUGGUCUUUUUAUCAUUUGAUAUAAAGCGGAAAGAAAGGUCUGGGAUGUCAGUCUGUGCACUGUGAUAUUGUCUUUUCAGUUAUUGAUCAUGAAACCAUGAAAUGGUGUUUCUGAACCAAACAUCUCAAGUCUGAAGGUCAAAGCAGUUUCUGAAGUAUUUACAGUAGAAAGUGAAGUUCUUCAUUUAUCAGUUCUUCUGUGAAAUGUUACUUUUUUGUACAUUUUAUUGUUCAAUGAAUGAAUCAAGUAUUAGUUUCAGAAAAAUCUUUUAGUAAGAGGAAAUUUGAUAACUACGUUGAAUGCACUGGAAAAGACUCAAUGUCUUGAAAGACAAAUUAAGCCAAUGUCCUAAAAGACUUAUUGAUCCUAUAUGUUUAAAAUAUCAGUACUUUUGAUACAAGACAAUAAUUACACCACUAAAAAUAAAUGACUAUUAUAGAUCAAUUUUUUUUUUUGUUUCUUGUUCUUGUCUUUCUGUUUUCUUCUUUUGAGUGUCUUACAUAUUUGAUUUUCUUUUUGCGUCUACUUCAAUACAAGAAACUGAAAAUAGUUUAACAUGUCCAGUUUGUAAUGUACUGUAAUUUCUUCAAAUGCAGGUUUCAGUACAGCAUACAGUGUUCAUACAAUUCCACAUUUAGUCCUUUAUUGCAAAAACCAAAGGUUUUUCUCAUGAUAUACCAAAAAAGGUUUGUGAAUGAAAUUGAAACUAAAUUCCAAAUCUGUUACUGAUACCCACAACUCCAAACAUCUCUCUCAUGGCCUACUGUGUGCCACUGUAUGCACGUGUUCUUUGGCAGUGGUACAGUACAGAUCCCCAGGGUCUUGUUGUCACCCAUGUUAUGAGCCUCAAAGGCACUUGUAGCAAGUGUUUUGGAUUUUUAUAAUGUUAACCCCAUUGGAACUGGAGGCUGUGUUACAAUAAAAACAAUCAGCUCAAAAUGCUUUGUGUUUGUGCUUUGUAAAAGGUACAGAUAUAUUAAUUAAAUGUAUGCCACUUUUGCAUCAGGUUUAUUUUAGUAUAUAGUAAUAUGUAUUAUUAACAUUUAAUUUUUAAAUGAAUUAAUUAAUUUUUAUUCAUUUUUUAUUUCAGUCUAAUUUUAGUUAUUUUAGUAAAUCAAUUUAGGCUAAUGAAAAUGAGAAAUGUUGUCUUGGCAACUAGCUGA